AACCGACACCUCUGUUGCUGUCGUCUUCCUGCUCUCCCCCAGUCCGUGAAUCAUAUUAGCACAAAGUUUGCUUUUUUAUCUACGACGACAUUGCAGCAUUGGACCGCCGAGUAGCCGAAAAUGGUGUUUAAAUUGACUGUCAACAGUGCCAGGAGGGUCACGAGGACGCUGUGGCUGCUCGUGCUAGUGAGUCUGUCUGUGAGCAUCUGUGUGUGCCGAGCAUCUUCACCUCAAGAGGAGGACAGUGCCAUGGAGAACAUCGUUACAGAGAAGAGGGCUGAGGAGAGCCACCGGCAGGACAGCGCGGACCUGCUCAUCUUCAUCAUGCUCCUCACCCUCACCAUCCUGACCAUCUGGUUGUUCAAACACCGGAGAUUCAGGUUCCUGCACGAAACUGGACUGGCGAUGAUUUAUGGCGUACUUGUCGGCGUGGUCCUGCGUUAUGGCAUCCACGUUCCUCGGGACAUCAGCAACGUCACGAUGAGCUGCCACGUGAACGCCAGCCCCCCCUCCCUGCUGGUCAACGUCAGCGGCAAAUUCUACGAGUACACUCUGAAAGGAGAGAUCGGUGCCAACGAGGUGAACGAUAUACAAGAUAAUGAGAUGCUGAGAAAGGUGACCUUUGACCCUGAAGUGUUCUUCAAUAUUCUCCUCCCACCCAUCAUCUUCCACGCUGGCUACAGCUUGAAAAGGAGACACUUUUUCCGUAACAUGGGAUCCAUCCUGGCUUACGCCUUCCUGGGGACAGUUGUUUCCUGUUUUGUUAUUGGGCUGCUGAUGUACGGCUGUGUGGUGCUAAUGAAGCGGGUGGGACAGCUGGCUGGAGACUUCUUCUUCACCGAUUGUCUGUUCUUUGGAGCCAUUGUCUCAGCCACUGACCCCGUGACGGUCCUGGCUAUCUUCAACGAGCUGGAGGUCGACGUGGAUCUGUACGCUUUGCUGUUUGGAGAGAGCGUGCUCAACGAUGCGGUGGCCGUGGUUCUGUCCUCGUCUAUAGUAGCUUACCAGCCACAAGGGGACAACACGUUCGAGGUCAUGGCGUUGCUGAAGUCUUUCGGGAUGUUCCUCGGAGUUUUCAGCGGCUCCUUUGCUCUGGGAGUGGCCACCGGGGUCGUCACUGCUCUCGUGACUAAGUUCACCAAGCUGAGAGAUUUCCCGCUGUUGGAGACGGCUCUGUUCUUCCUCAUGUCAUGGAGCACAUUCCUGCUGGCUGAAGCCUGUGGCUUCACAGGUGUUGUCGCUGUGCUGUUCUGUGGCAUCACUCAGGCUCAUUACACCUUCAACAACCUGUCUCCUGAUUCCCAGGACAGGACCAAACAGCUGUUUGAGCUGCUAAAUUUCCUGGCAGAGAACUUCAUCUUCUCCUACAUGGGUCUGACCCUGUUCACCUUCCAGAGCCAUGUCUUUAAUCCCAUGUUCAUUGUCGGAGCUUUUGUGGCAGUGUUCCUGGGGAGAGCUGCGAACAUCUACCCUCUCUCGUUCCUUCUUAAUCUGGGACGACGCAACAAGAUCAGGUCCAACUUCCAGCACAUGAUGAUGUUUGCGGGGCUACGAGGCGCGAUGACGUUUGCCCUGUCCAUCAGAGACACGGCGACAUACGCCCGUCAGAUGAUGUUUUCCACCACUCUGCUCGUGGUCUUCUUUACAGUUUGGGUUUGUGGAGGUGGCACCACCCAGAUGUUGUCCUGCCAGCGUAUUCGAGUGGGAGUGGACUCUGAUCAAGAUAACCCUGUGAGCAUCACUGAAGGCUCAGAGAGAAGAAGCACCAAACAAGAAAGUGCCUGGCUUUUCAGAAUUUGGUACAACUUCGACCACAACUACCUGAAGCCCAUCCUGACUCACAGCGGCCCCCCUCUCACAGCCACGCUGCCUCCCUGCUGCGGCCCCCUCGCCCGCUUCCUCACCAGCCCUCAGGCCUAUGAGAAUGAGUGCCAGUUGAAGGACGACGACUCUGACCUCAUCCUGUCGGACGGUGAUCUCAACCUGACCUAUGGCGAUAUCACAGUCAGCACAGAUGCGUCAGGUUCCCACACGAGCGGCGGUCCGGCCUUCGCUGGCGCCGCCAUCUCUGACGACUUGGACAGAGAGUUGACGUGCGGAGAUCACGAGCUGGUGAUGAGGGGCACACGCCUGGUGCUGCCCAUGGAUGACUCUGACCCGCCCUUUACGGACCCCCACCACCGCUUGCGGAUGUGAAGAAAGUCUUUUUAACGCAGACCCAGACAACCGUCCGACUCUGACUGAUCCAAGCUAUUGAGCAAACGACCCGUACCUGACACUCCCUCUUUUGUUCCUCCACUUGUUUUCCCCUUUUGCUCCUGCCUCAUUCCUCUUUCCCCCCCACACAUCUCUCAGUUCCAUUUCCUCACUUCCUCUUGUGGCAAAUCCCCGUCUCUACCUCAUUCUCGCUCUGCUCGCUUCCACACCUCUCUGACAUCUGCCAUAAUUGUAAUAUAGUCUUUAUUUAUUUUAGGGUUUUGUUGGUAAUUGAGUACCAGUUUCUCUUAGUUUUGCUUAAAGCUGUGUGUCAGUCACCUUACUGUAGCAUUGCUCAGAGGUCUAGCAGCAUGUGAUAGUGUGUAAAUGCAAGUACCAACCACUAGCUAAUUUGUCAAUGUACAGUAUACCACAAGAGUACUAUAACUUUGAUAUGCAUGCUGAGGAUGCUCGCUGUUUUAUUCUUAUGGGAGGUUGAGGGCUUUUGUGUUUUGGGUCUAACCUUGAAUGUUGCUGCCUUCUCUCUGCGCAUCAGAGGCAUGCUGACCCAGUGGACUACUUUACUGUACAUUUUGUUACAAUCAAGUGCCUGGGAAUUGUAGUUUUAAGCCUGGCAACCCAUACUGGAUUCGCUCUUGGAAGCAAGGCCACUUUAGGAUGGGCUGUAGUUUUUCUUUGUAAAAAGAA